CACACACACACACACACACACACACACACACACACACACACACACACACACACACACACACACAUAGACGACAGAGGGCAGAAGGCAAAAUCAGGAUGUGACAUCAUCCACAGGAAAAGAAGCCAAACAACUUUUUUUCUCUUUACUCUGUUGUCUCUGCUGCUGAGUGAAGUUGGAGCCUCUCGGUCUGUUAGUGCCCGGCAGAGAGGGAGAGGAUCCAGAGGAGCUAGAGGGGGGCAGAGCUGCCGGAGCUUUCCUGCACAGGGAGUUUAAAGAGAAGGGCUCCGGAGCCUGAAUCCUCCCUGAACUUCCCACAACUUCCCACCACAUUCCUCUGCUGUAGGAUUUCAUCCAGAAACAAGAGGUCCCUGCAAUCUUUACAUGACAGACGCUGACCCCCUGUGACCUGAUUUCCGAGCUGAAACCAUCCUGUUUCUAUCGCUCAGGAAGGUGACACUUUAUCAAACGCAAAACUAAUUAUUAUUCUGGAGAGCGUAUUCUCCCCUUAUCUCAGGUGAAGCGGCUGAGCCAAUGGCGUUGUGUCUUGGACAAGUGUUCAGCAAAGACAAAACAUUCAGGCCGAGAAAGCGGUUUGAACCGGGCACGCAGCGCUUUGAACUUUACAAGAAGGCCCAGGCCUCGCUCAAGUCCGGCUUGGACCUGAGGAAAGUGGUGCAGCUGCCGGAGGGAGAGAACAUCAACGACUGGAUUGCGGUCCAUGUGGUGGAUUUCUUCAACAGGAUCAACUUGAUCUACGGCACGGUGAGCGAGUACUGCUCCGAGCGCACGUGUCCCAUCAUGUCUGGGGGGCUGAGGUACGAGUACAGGUGGCAGGACGGUGACGACUACAAGAAACCCACCAAGCUGCCCGCUCUUAAGUACAUGAACCUGCUGAUGGACUGGAUAGAGUCGCUCAUCAAUAAUGAGGACAUCUUCCCCACCAGAGUAGGUGUACCUUUUCCUAAGAACUUCCAGCAGGUGUGCAAGAAGAUCCUGAGCCGUCUCUUCAGGGUGUUUGUGCAUGUUUACAUCCAUCACUUUGACAGCAUCUGCAGCAUGGGUGCAGAGGCCCACAUCAAUACCUGCUACAAGCACUACUACUACUUCAUCUCAGAGUUCAACCUCAUUGAUCACUCUGAACUGGAGCCCCUGAAAGAGAUGACAGAGAAGAUAUGCAAUUAAACAAAACCACAUGGACAAAAGGAGUUUACAUUUUGACAUUAUCUGAGCCCCGUGAGAAAUCAUCGGCUUCAAAACACUCAAAACAAAGAACAACUUUACAUAAAGUUGUAUGAGUGGUUUUCUAAGCAUAACUGGGAUGGUCCACUAACCUACCACACUUCUUCAGAUGGUGGCACUGUGCCCUCACAGAGGUUUUUACUAACAGUAACUGUGGUGCUUGAAGCCAUCAUUAUAGGACUUUGUGUUGGUUUACAAUACAUCUCCUGUACUCAUGCUUUUUCUUUCCUCCUGUGCAUGUAUGUUUAUGUUGGAUCUUUUUUUAUAUACAGUGUUGAGUCUUAUUUGUUGAAUUAAAGUUUGUAUUUUAUUUGAAGUUUUUCAUAGUUUGAACAUAAAAAUGUAGCCUAAAAAUGA